GCAGACUGAAGCACAAUCGUCUCGAGUCUCGAGUAUCCAGCCACUCCUCGGCCUCAAGAACUCUGACGGACCUCUCCUCUUAUCCAAGGCUCCACCACCGCCAUGCCGCUCCUGCCGCUGCCGCCGUUGCCUCUUUCCUCCCACCGCCACAGCCUCCCCUUCCUCUCGCUGCCCUCCUCCGCCGGCCGCCCUCUCCGCCGCGGUGACCUCGUCAUCCGCAUGGGCGGCGGGCCCCGCACCUUCCCCGGCGGCGUCUCCAAGUGGCAGUGGAAGCGCAUGCAGGCCAGGAAGGCCAAGCAGCUCCUCAAGGCCCGCCUCGCCCGCGAGCGCCAGCUCUACGAGAUGCGCAAGCGCGCCGAGCUCCGCGAGGCCGUCCUCCACCUCGAGCGUCCCUGGGACUCCGACCUAUCCCCCGUCUCCGCCACCGCGCUGGCGCCCAACCUCCUCUCCGUCGCCGCCGACGACCAGCUCAAGGGGCUAGCCGACCGCUUCCACCGUCCCGGCGGCGUCGACCUCUGGAACGACCGCGACGGGCCCCAGGUAUUCGCGUCCCCGGACACAGGCAAGACCUCUGCGCGCUUCUUCCCCAAGAACGCCGUCCACAGCGUCCAACCCUACGCGCGUCUCGGUGCCGGAGCCGAGGGCACGCAGGGUGCUCGUGCGAAUGACGCUGCCGAAGAUGUAUAUGGUGGCCGCGAGCCUACCGUCCAAUUGAUGGAAAGAGAUGGAACGUGGGAGCCGGUGACUGCUUUGGAUGGUGAAGGUGAUAACAAUUCAGUCGACCGGAGUUGGAUUAAUGAUGGUGUUGAUUCAGACUCGGACGACGAAGAAGAUGACUAUUUUGGUCACGAACAAGAAGCAGCGAGUGGAGUAGAUGGAAGGAGGAGUGGUGUAGCAAGGCGUGAAACUGCAAGCACUAAGACUGUUGGUAGGGAUGGGGGCAGAGAUUGGAGAGGCCAUGGUUCCUUUUCAGAUUCAGAAGGCGCAAGAAGAGGUCAUCUCGAUCAAAGAUGGUCAGACAUAAGUAGCGGGAGUGGAAGCAAAGCUCCCACCGGAAGAUGGAAGCCUUCGAGCACCGAGGGCAGCAAUGCCAACGGGACGGACAGAAUGGGUGGCGGUUCUUUCUCCGAUUCAGGAAUGAGCCGCCGGAGUCGGAGAGCAAGGAAUAGGGAGGACACACUGGACACCACGAUGAAGUGGAAGCUCUCGUAUGAUAGCCAUGGCAAUGUGAUCAGAAAGGUCCGCAUCAGCGGCAAGUUAGAUUCAAAUCCAGAGAGUGGAAGCGGUGACAUGAUGGAACCAAAAUGGAGAGGACCAAACAAGUUUAACCGAAGUGAGAACCAAAGAGGUCGACCAGGGUCGAACUAUAGGCCUGAUGUCAACAGUGGAGAAAGGCCAAGAGUAUACAUGAACCGCAACAGUGGUGGUAUCGGCUUCGCCUCGGACCUGGAUGAGCCAACAUGGAAGCCAAGAAAAAAGAAUGGCUUCGCCUUGGACCUGGAUGAGCCAACAUGGAAGCCAAGAGAAAAGAACGGAGGUAGGAACAACGAUGGCAGCAGAGAGUACAAAGGUGACAUGAACGGGGUAUUCAGGAGAGGUGGCAGUGGGGCGGCAAGACGGCUAGACGCUCAUACUGGGAUGCACACCAACGGAGAAGAUGGCAGCGACCACGAUAAUAGGCAGAGAAUCUGGGCGCGGCUCAGGGGAGAUGAAUACUCACUACGACCAACAUCAGAAUUGCACGGAUCUGUGGACAAGAAUGGGAGGCGGCAGUUCAGAGGAGACGGAUACUCGCUCCGGCCAGCAUCAGAUCUCAGAUAAAAUGUAGUAUCGCGUUAGUGUAUGUGCUAACUCUGUACGACCAUACGUUCAAACCUAAUGUAAUUGUAUUGAGAGAAUUUGCUUCGUUUAGAUAUGCUCACCUGGCUAAUAAAACUGGACGCAGUUGUGAGAUUGUUCUUUAGCU